AUGGACCACGUUCCAGCAGAACACCUUUUGCGCUCUAUCUCGCGAUUGUGCGACACGUUAAUACAGUCUCUCGGGAUCAUCGAAGAUUUUAUUGACGACGACGUCUAUCACAACAAUGUAAACAGCACUAGACCUACGGCAAUUGUAUUACCAGAUGACGAAAGCCAUGAUCUAAACAUGAGGACCUCCGAAGGCGUUGAAGCUCGGCGGCUCGGUGAAAGGCUCCAGAUUCCUCACGACAAGUUGAAGGAGUUGGCGAUCUCACAUCUGGGCAAUCAGCACGGAAACAUGUGCGAGAUUGUCAAUAUUCACGAAGGUUCUCACAAUCAGGUGCACGUUGUGCAGUUUGUUGAUGGCGCUAAGUACAUCGUACGUGUACCGGCACGGGGAAUCAAAGGUCACUGGCUUGACGUCGACGCAACAGCCCUCCGCUCGCAGGCUUGCACGAUGAAUUACGUCCGGCGCAAAACAGGGCUUCCCAUUCCAGAGGUUCUAUUGUACAGCGGGACUUGUGAUAAUAUGCUGGGUCACCCAUACAUGUUGACUACUUUCUUAGAAGGACGCCCGGUAUGCAGAGUGUGGCAUGAAAUUUCCGAAUCUCCUGACCGCGAGGCUCAGCGAAUGGCUAUCCUCAAAUCGAUUGCGUAUGCCAUGACCAAGCUGUCUGCAUUGUCCUUCGAUGCUGGUGGGUGUCUUUACUUUGAAGAAUCAGAUGACUGCGAGCCAAAGAUAGGACCGUUGUAUGUGGCGCACGAGUGCACUGGCUCAUUCCAGCAUCGGGUGGAAUUACUACCACCAUAUAGGGAUUCAUACUCUCACUAUCAGGAGUGCUUAUCGAGGUGGUGGAAAGAACAUCCAUGCCGCAAAUACGGACAGCAAGUCUCACCAAUUGUUCAAGGUCAGCAUGAGGUUCUCCAAGUUCUCCUGGACUGUUUACCAUUUCAUAAGUCAACAAUUCUCUUCGGAAGCGAAGAAGUUGAAGCUGACGAAUACCUGCAACAAAAUGAGGGGCCUCAAUUCUUACAUGAUGAUUACGAAUAUCUUCAGAGCAUGUACGAAGAGAGUGCCGAGAGUCUUGUUGAAGCAAGCGUAACGGCUGAUGAAGAUGACAAGGAUGAGAAGUACAGCAACACAAGUGGAGAGAAGAAUGAGGAAUUCGAGCACGAAACAUUUGUCCUAGCGCCACCUGUCUUUGACUGGCAAAAUAUUCUCAUCGACGACGAGAAUAAUGUUACGGGCUUCCUGGAUUGGGACAAAGCAUGCACAGUUCCACGAUACCUUGGCUGGGCAGCUACUCCUCUUUGGCUUAGUCGCGAAUAUAACUCGCACGACUCUACGUGGAAUGGUGACAUAAAGGAAACUAUCGAAGACUUUCAGCGUUACCGUAGAGCUUAUGCAACCUUCAUGACGGAAGCUUUGGACGGGCAGGGUGACUGCAAAUUCACCGACAAGUCACGUUUAUUUGCCGCCAUGGUAUCGGCCAUUAGCGAGCCCGGGUACACUAUGUUUAAGUUAUGCCAGAUUUUGUCUACUGUGCUGCCUCGCACGUCCAUGGUCACGUACUUCGAACGAAUCGGCAAUGAUGGGUGGUGUCGUGGCGAAAGAUGCUGGCUCAGGAAUAAGCUAGGGCAAUUGUUCGAUUGCCGGCCUGGAGUGGAUCCUACCUUCUCUUUCUAAGGGUGAAUGUAAUGUUCCGGCUUAUGGGAGAGUAGUGGAAAAAGAG